CAAUUACCGUCUGCUUGCCCAGCGAAGUUCUUGCUUAUAUAGCGUUCAACAUUAUUAGAUCUCAGCAUGACCUCUGAGAUAAGCGAGUUGUUAACGCCAUUAAUAUACAGAAGAUUAGCACACUAGAAGCUGAAAAAUAAAAUGUCGGCAAUUUUUUGGAAAUGAUUUGCUUUCGAGAUAUUUAAUAUUUAUUUAAGACUUAAAUGCAUUUGUAAUCUUUAAAAUGAAUUGAGCAGCUGAACAAUGGCUUACUUUAUAUUUAUUUUUCUUCAAAUGGUAAUCAUCAUUGGUAUUGAAUGCACAUUUUCUGGAAACUUAAAUAGAAAAUUGCAACCUUAUGAAGGCAGUCGAACUGCAGAAAGUAUUUAUGCGUUUAGGAGAAUCCCUCAAACUUAUGCUUACAACAGUAGGGCCUAUUUAGAGAGUCGUCCAAACCAACAUAUUGUUUAUUUGAGAAGUAGCGCUCCUGUUUAUAAGUCUGAUGAACAAACAAAAAAAAAAGGGAAAAACAUUUAUCAAAAAUCUGUUAGUAAAAGUAGAGAAAAAAUAAAAAGCCACAAAAAAAAAGCCUCAAAAAGUAAGCGAAACCUCGUAUCAAAACACAGUAUAGAGUUUGUCAAAAACUCUACAUUAGAUAGUAAUGCAAAGGAUGACAUUGCGACCGCCAAAAAAGAUUAUGUUAAUAUUAAUGGAAAGUAUUAUUUACGGUCUGCAAAUUCGGAUUUUUUUCCAUUUGAUGGAAACAAACGAAAUUAUCUUAAAAUACGCGAAGACGAUAUCGGAGAUGACAAGAAAACCGGCAUUCGAUUUAUGAAAAACAAACGACCAACAUUAGAAGGAGUUAGUGCAAAGGAAAUAGUUUUUUCCUCUCAAUCUUCAGACGAACACAAACCUAUAGAGAUAUUUGUAACAGAAAAUAUUGUUCCAUCUUACCAUCCUGAUAUAUCUUCAUCUUCGGCAAAAUCAACAUUAAGUUCUGAUAUACCAGAAGCAGUGGCACGUUCUGAGCUUAUUGAUCAAGAAGUAAAAAAAAAAAGAAACCACGAGUAUUUGGAAAAACCUCAAGAUGGUAUAGACAAUCAAGAAGAAUUAAAAUACCAAGGUUUUCAAAUAUCUAAACAUGAUGAAAACUCAGCUUCAUCUUUAGUUGAUACAUUGCAAAAAGAUGAUCAGCAAAAACAUAAUGGUUUUCAACAACCACAAUACUUCCAUUUGUCACAGGUCAGCGAGCCUAAUAAUAUUCUUUUUGAUCAAAAAGACCAUGGAAGUAAAGAGUACAACAACUUUUUGCAUGAACAAAACGACCACGCAGACAAAGAAAAUGACAACUUUUUGCAUGAACAGACAAAUCAGGUGACAAAAGGACACAAUAGCUUGGAAUUAGAAAGUCUUUUGAAUUACAAACAUAUGAACGACGGCAAUCCGUCAACUGAUCAACACAUGAAUGAGGGUGACCCUUUUAUUGACCGACAUUUAAAUGACGAAAAUAGAAUGCACCUAGCGCCUGACAGAGGUUAUUAUAAACAUAAAGAAUUUCUGCCUGAAGAGAGAGAUAACCAUGACCCAGAAAAGCUAAAUGAAAACAAUCCGUCUAAAAUGAUGGACGAAAGAAGCAAUUCAGUUGUUACGGACAAUUCUUUGGUAUUUUCUCCAUCUGUAGAUGAUCACUUUAGUAUGCGAUCUCGCUUCAAAAGUGACGAAGAUGACAGUAAUUCUAACCAGAACUUUGAUUUUAAUCAUGGUGAAGAUACAGCAGAUCAGGAAAGAAAAAACGAAGAAGAAGUUAAUCAUCAAUUUCCAUCUGCUAUAACUGUUACAAAAGCAAUAAUGCAAAGCGCAAAGAUGAUUGAUCACCCUAUAUAUAAUGAUAACCAUUUAAAUAGCCAAAAUUUUAUGCCAGAUGUCUACGAGGCAUUCAGUAGAACUAACAAUGAUCUGAAACAGCGCUACAAAGUGCUUCGGAAAUGGGCAGCUCAAAAGAUUGCACAACAUAACAAAAACAGUAUCAAUGAAGAAGAACUUAAGGAAGAAGUAAAAAAUCUUAAUGAUCUUUCAUCUAUGGUCAGACUUGUAAACAACUUAGAAAAAGAUAUGUUAAAAAUUAUAUUAAAAAGAAAGCGGCGUUUGGGUGAGCGGAUGGGGUACAAGCACGAAAACAUUCCGGGAUCAGAAAGUUCUAAAAAACGUUUUAACAGCCCAUCUGAUGUCCAAGAGUUACUGCAAUAUAUAUAUGACACCUAUAUUGAAAAUCGCACAGCCGAUGAAAUACCUGUUGUCCUUCAAGCAUUUCAAAAAUCGCUUGCUGAUAUCGUUUCUAAAAAGAAUGUUUCAACAAAAGUUGCAUUGCAAGACUACAGCCACAGCUCACCGUAUUUAUCAGACUCCAUCAAAACAAAAACAAACUUUUCAAAGCAAAAUCAAGAGCUAUACGAAAAGUUUACUAAAGAUGAUGAAGAUCAAUCAGAAACAAAUCAGAACACUUUACAUCAGUUUAAUAGCAAAACAAACUCAUCGUCUCCUUUAGUUACAGUAAAGCUUCUUAAGGCUCUAGAUUUAUUUUUAGAUAGUAUCGAAAUUGAGAGAAAAAUUAAACAUUUCCGCGCAAUGGUUGAAGAUUUAGCAAAUGAAAUAAAUGGUUCUGUACUCCUAACUAGUGACAUGAGAGUGUCAUUAGGAAAAAUUAACCAAGAAAUCAACGAGACAUUGAUUCAAUCAGAGUUUUUGAAUAGAGACCAAAAUGACACUAUAAUUGAUAACCAAAACAUGUCAGUUACAGGUGUUGGAAAAUUCCUAUUAUCUGUUCCAAACCAUAAAAAUUUAAGUUUGACAAAAAUAAAAAUAUUUGAGGAGAUGAAUGAAAUAAUGUUGCCUAAAGACUCGGCAUCUAUCCCGGAAAAAAAGAAUAGUGUCAACAGCUUCAUAAAAAUUGACAGUAAAAAAUCCGAAAAUCAGGAAAACAACAAAAAAAAUGAUUUAACAAGAAGUGAAAUGUAUGAUUUAGAUAGCGAAAUGAACAUUGACGAUGACUUGACAUAUGAAAAAAACUGGUACGGUAAAAAUAAAUUUACUAAUUCCCAGCCUUCCAGUAAUAUAACGAACUUAAAUUUAACUCACAUAUACGAGCCAGGAAUGCUUGAUGCUGGAAAAAUAGUUUCAUCAGAAUUUGAGGCAGCUUUAUAUAACAUGGCCGACACUAAUAUUUCUGCAAUAAAUAAAGAAGCCAUGAAAGGGUUAACAUACUAUGCAACGCUUAUUGAAAAGCUACAUAACAAAUCCAUUUCUCCUUCCUUCAACUCUAAUAAAUUAAAUAAUAAACUUUAUUCUAUGGAUAAUAUGACAAAUUUAAACAAAGAAGCUAUGAAAGGUCAUGAUUAUUACGCUAAGCUUGCUGAUAAAUUACAUAACGAAAUUUACAACCAAACAAAAAACUUAACGCACGAUCUUUUAGCUAAAUUAGAGCAUGCUAAUAUUAACAUCAGCGGUCUUAAUGCCGAAGCAAUGAAAGCACACAGCUUUUAUAGCAAUAUGUCUCACAACGAUUCUAAUUUAGACCAAAUUUACAAAUUAUAUUUAGAAGCGCAGACUAUGAAUCAUCGUAAUCAAGAAGCUGUUCAAAGUGAAUGGUUGGAAAUUUUAAACGCGCUUAAUACUCCGACCAUUACCCAUACUGAGGCAGACAAUUUUGAUAUGCAAGUUCAAAAAAUUAUUGACAAAGCUAUUAGUGAAGCUAAAAAUUUAACCGAUGCUGAGCAAAAUUAUCAUAAGAUUCAGAACUUGAACAUUUCGAAAAGUUUAGAGAAAACAAAAGAUAAUCUUAGAAACACAUUAGAAUCGCGUGGUGUUGACCAGGGUGCAAUUAAAAACGUAGACUCCUAUUUAGAUGCAGAAAAUAAGUACAUAGGUCAGCUAUUUUAUGGAGAAGGUGAACGUUUUAAUUCCGAGAACAACUUUACUUUUAUAUCUCGGGAAGGAAGUGAUCAAUAUCAGUUUUUUAAGCAGCCAAAUAAAACUCAUCCUUCAUUGGAACAACCAAAUAAAAGUAUUGUAUCAUUGGAAAAACCAAAUAAAAGUACUACUUCAUUGGAACAAUCAAACACAAAUAUUCCGUUGUUAGAUAAAAAGAACAUUUUCCCUAACGCUAAUAAAAAAGAAGACAUAACUAACAUUGUAGAAGGUCAGUGGGAUAAAAGAAACAUGGACUUUCACGGCGUAAAAGAGAAUCAUCCCGAAGACUUAUUGCAAAUAGCUCAUCUCAAAAGUUUAGUUCAAAAACUACAAGAAGAAAGUUUAAAAGAAGAAGCCAUUGACGAUGCUAGGUUUGCAAAAGAACUCAUACUUUCGAAGAUCAGAAAGAAAAAGAAGAAAAAUAACUAUUUAACGCAUCGAGUUAUUAUUCCAAAACAUUACCAGAAUAUUGAAAACAUUGAAAGCUCAAAAAUUUCGUCUAUUUUAGCUCAUAAAAUCAGCGAAAUAAAACGUAAUCGUAAAUCUCCGUCUUUAGCAGCUACCUUUGGGGGUAGAGUAAUACCUUUGCAAGUAACAGGUGCAAAGAGGAAUAUAGAUCAAUACAAAAGUUAUUCGCAAGCACAAGCAGUGUUAAAGUAUAAUAAAAACACUUUUAUAAAUAAAAGAAACUCAAUUAGAAAUCAAAAACAAAAAAACGAUAAAAAUAACUUAAACAAAAUAAAGAGAUCACAAAUACCACAAAUACCAUUAAAGCAUCGACAUCAUCACAAUAAAAAGUCUCAACUGAAAUGGAGAAGGAAAAAACACAGACGCUCUAAAAAAAACGCACGCUUAAAGGUAUCUCACAGAAAUAAAAAAGAUAUAAUUGUUCACAGCAAAUUAAAAAAAUUAAACCCUAAACAACAAGUUAACACUACUGACGAAGAAGAAACCCCCUCGUUGAAAGAUGUCAUUAUAAAAGAUUCUUUUUUUAGUAAACUCUCUGAAGAACAGCAACAGUUGGUCUGGGAAGCUGUUAAAAAAGAUUGGAAACGACAACACAACCAUGCUAUUACCAAGGAAACAACUAAUAAAUUAAACAAAUUAACAUUACGAGAAGACAUACUUCCAGGGUCUUUGGCAAGUAUCAAAGAAAAAAAUACAUCUCAUUUCUCUAUAAGAAAAAAGCAGUUAAGCAGAAAGCAUUCAAGUUUAAAAAAAGAAAAUUUUUUAAAAAAGAUAGAACUUUCUUCAGAAAAUCUUUUUAACAAAAGUAAUCUUACAGAAUUAAAUACUUUUAAAAAAACUGACAAACUGCUGUUAUCUGACAAAGCGCACAACUUAACAAACAUUUCUUUAAAUGAAACAAACGAAAUUAUAGAUACAUUACCAGAUAGCACUGACAAUGCAACAAAACGAUUGUGUCAACAUUUUUUAUAUCCAAACGAUGUUAAUUUUAUGAAGUAUUUGUGUAACUCAAUAUCAAAUAAGAGUGCUGAUUUAAAGGCGAACGGUUCUUUCGGAGUUGAAGUAACACCCGAAAAUGCUAGUCUACACUUUACCAACAAUGUAGACUUAGAUACAGAAAACUUUAACAACUCUGAAAAUGUAGUCAACCAAUUUAACCACACUGCAGAUUUUGAGAACAAAACAACCAAAAACGUAUUAGAUUCUGUUGAAGACCGAAAGCAAUCUAAUGAAAAUAGUAACUUUACAUCAGAUCUGGGCAAAAAAGAAACAAAAAAACCACCAUCAGAUGAACUUUUAAACUUAAUACGAAAUAUUCAACGCAUAAACGAAACAGUGUACAACGUUGAUAAUAAAAACAAAUCUUCUUUACUGAUUAAAGAAACAGAAGAUGGUAAGUAUACAGAUCCUUUUGAAAAUAACCUAAAAUAUUUGGAUAGAGUUAACAACACUAUUCAAAAGGCAGUACAAACUAAAAGUCAAGAUUUUAACAAUGGCAAUUCUACAAUUACUACUAAUUUGUCUUUGUCUGAACAAAUGCAUUUAAUUUCUUUGAAUUCUCAAAAAAAUAUUACAGAUAACACUUUUAAAAUUUUCUCUUCGGAUGUAAACGCAAACAUUGGUUCUGAAAGUUCAAGUUCACCAGAAACUAUAUUGGAUUUUUUUAACGCGACCGACAAAGUAAAUGUGAUACCUGAUUUAGGUGACACAGCUUUAGUGCCUGAGAGUGAUAAAAAAUGCGAAGGGGACUACAUUUUAUUUCGAAAAGGAGAUUUUGAGUAUAAAAUUCCCGCAUUUAAGUGCAGUCGAAAUAAAUCUCAAAGUUUAGAUGUUGCUUUUUGGAAUAAAACAGAGAAAGUUAUCAAAGAAAUGAAUGAAAAGAACAAAUGCAUGCCUGUUUAUAAAUCGUUUGUGUUUGGAAACUCCGACUAUAAACUUCAAGUUGGAUGCACAGAGAACCCAUUUAUUUCUGAAAAAAAUAAGUAUUCUAAGGGUAACCUAGAUGCGUCUGAAACCAAUAUUAAAACAAUGAGUAAAAAUUCAAAGGUAUUAUAUAGAGUUCAAGACUCAAAAAAACAUGACAAGACACAACAUACGAGUUCAGUUAAUACAACACAACACGAGAACUCAGCGACGACGAAUGAGAAUGAUCUCUUAAAUGAUGAAACCAAUGAUGAAAUUUUAAAACAAGCCGGGCAAUUAUUUGAGUUAAAAAAAAAAAAUUUUACAAGUCGACAUUUUUCUAAUAAAAGAGGUUCUGAAAACUUUUUAAUUAAAUCGGGCGUCCAUCCAGACUAUUUAAAAACAUCUUUAAACAGCACAAGUACCUUUAAGUUUAAGGACACGUCUAUCACAAAAAAUAUUUAUGUAAACGGAGCAAAAGUAAUAACGAUGAAAAAGGAAAAAGAUACCUUGUCAAUUGUAUAUCCGCCUAAAAACGAUACUAAUAACAGCGGCUAUAUGGUCCUUAAUGAAAAUAACACAACAUUUAAAAUACCACUGUACGGAAACAAAGAUGGUAGUUUCUCAAAUAACUUUAAUAAAUCCAAAGUAAACUCUGAGCCCGACUUUCUGACAAUUAUUCAAAAUAAAAAUAAAGCAGAGCUUCAAAAAUCUUCUUACAAAAUGGAAGCACCAGACUCUAGAGGUUUAAAGUUGCACGAAAUCCAUUCAACACUUGAUUCAACACUUGAUUUACCUACAGAUGAAGAUAAUUUUAAAGAAAGUUUUGCAUCUUCAAUGUUGCCAAAAGAUCGCAAUAACUAUAGAUAUCAUUUUAAAAACCACGAUGGAAGAAGAUUUGAAAACGCCCAUUUGAAACUGUAUGAUGAAUCUGAUGGAAAAAAACCAUAUUUUAUAACAAAACCGAUUCAAACUCCAGUCGUUGAACAAUAUGAAAAUUUUCCUCAUAUUUAUCAUGAAGCAGUAAACCAUCCAAUGAAACUUGGUUUAUCACCAAGUCCAUAUAAAAUUCAACAAUAUAUCUCUAUUAAACCUAAGCCAAUUUCAGAUAAUCAUCUCCAGGAUUCAGGUGAUCAUCUCCAGGAUUCAAGUGAUCAUCUCCAGGAUUCAGGUGAUCAUCUCCAGGAUUCAGGUGAUAUCCGUUAUUUAACUUUAUUGCGUUAUCAUAAAAAGCUUCGUGAAAUACAAAAACCUCAGGAAAGUUUAUUUAACACAAAUCCAACUCAACUAAAUUAUAACAAACCGAACUUACAAACUGAAUACGCUGGUAAACAACCGACUCAAACGUUUUCAAAUGAUCCUUACAUUCAUGCUUUUAACCCGUUAAAAAAUAUGGUUCAUCCGGCCUCUGAAAUUAUUAAUAAUGCAAUACCUUAUCAACAAGAUGAAGAGCAAAUAAAUCAAGCCGACAAUUUACCUGCUUCUUCUCAUAACCUGGGUAAUUAUUUUGAAAAGCCAACUAGUUUGAUUACCUAUAACAACAAUCAAAGAGUUGUUCCAAACCAUGACGUUUUUUCAGGGAAUUAUAUAAAAAAUUCUUACUUAAACGAAGGGCAUACACAGCCCACUAAUUUGAAUUUAUAUCAUCAGCAUCAAGAAUUUGUAAACUUGAAUUCUUUACAAAAAGAUUUUUCUCCUGAAUAUUACGCAAAAGAUGACGAAAAUCAGAUGAAAGUUAUAAAAAGUUUGCAGCGAGCUGCAGAUGAAUCCAUAAAUCUAGCAUAUAUGAAUCUUCAAAAAAAAUUAAUUAAUAAAUACUCGAAUGGAUCAGAUCGGCUUGAUUCGUUUGAUGAAAAACAACUUGAAACACUUGGGUAUAAUCCAAAUGAUCUGAGCGAUAUUAAUAAGCAAGUCCUGGGUAAAAAAAGAAUGAUGGAUAAUCAAGCCCUUGCGACAAAAAGAAUAAUAAUCAAUCCUAUUAAAACAAAAUUACUUGAAACGCAUUCGAAAAACAAACAAACUGAAAACAAGUUUAAAGUAAAAUUAAAUUGAUAGUAGAACCUGAUUACUAAGUUUUGUACUUGUUCGGUUAAAAAUAAAUAGUUUAUUUUA